GCUAAAUUGAGGAGGUUAAGGCAACGUGACAAUUAGGCCUAAAUUAAUAAAUUGGAAAAAAAACUAUGUCAAAGCAGCAUUUAGUAAGUAUUGUUCAAGGCUUAACUUGAAACGAGGAAAGUGGGUUGUUUUUUGUUUUUUUUUGCGUGACAACACUUCGUGGCGACAGGUGUCGAUAGUGUCGCAGCUAUGCUAGCGCCAAUGCUAACAUGAUGCUCAACCCAUCCGGCGAUGGCGGCGGCUCCGCAGAUGACCAACGAAAAUCGGCGGUCGCGCAGCCGAGAAUCAGCUUGUACAGAGGGCAAAAAUGGGGACACAAGACCAACCCCAUAAGUGUCAUCCUGGUGAGCUCCGGCAGCCGCGGGAACAAGCUGCUCUUCCGCUACCCUUUCCAACGAGCUGCCGAGUGCGCGUCUUCGCACGCAGCAAAACAGCGGAAUCGCUACGCGCUGAAUACGACGGGAGAAGUUGAAGAUCAGGAUGGAGAUUCCAGGUUCUCCGACAGCAUCCUGGCCACCAUCCUGGCCACCAAGUCGGACAUGUGCGGCAAGAAGUUUGAGCUGAAGAUCGACAAUGUUCGCUUUGUGGGACACCCGACUCUGCUGCAACAUCCUCCCAUCAUUCAGGUGUCUAAAACCGACCCUUCGCCAAAGAGGGAGAUGCCCACCAUGAUCUUGUUCAACGUUGUGUUUGCUCUGAGGGCCAACGCUGACCCCUCGGUCAUCAGCUGCAUGCAAAACUUGUCGCGUCGCAUCGCCAUCGCGCUGCAGCACGAGGAGCGCCGCUGCCAGUACCUGACCAGGGAGGCCAAGUUCAUGCUGGCCGUGCAGGACGAGAUCACCACCGUCAGCGAAACGAGCCCACAGUCGCCGUUUAGACAAAUUCUGCCCAAAUGUAAGCUGGCCAAGGACCUCAAGGAGGCGUACGACAGCUUGUGUACGACCGGCAUGGUGCGGCUGCACAUCAACAACUGGCUGGAGGUGAGCUUCUGCCUCCCGCACAAGAUCCACCGCAUCGGCGGCAACUACAUCCCCCCCGAGGCCUUAGAGCGCAGCCUGAAGGCCAUCAGGCCCUAUCACGCGCUGCUGCUGCUGGAAAGCGAGAAGGCGCUGCUGGGCCAACUUCCCGUGGACUGCUCGCCCGCCAUGAUGCGCCUCAUUAAGACCUGCUCGGCGGUGAAGAACCUGCAGCAGCUUGCUCAGGACACUGACCUGGCCCUGCUUCAGAUCUUCCAAAUUGCAGCCCACCUGGUUUACUGGGGCAAGGCCAUCAUCAUUUUCCCUCUGUGUGAGAACAACGUCUACAUGCUGUCCCCUCACGGCAACAUCUACCUAUACUCGCCUCACGCCGAACAGUUUGCGCAGCAGUUUCCCGGUCACGACCUUCCUUCCAUGUUGGCCAAGUUCUCGCUGCCUGUCUCGCUGGCCGAGUUCAGGCACCCCCUGGAAGCUCCUGCGCAGGAGGCUCAGCUGAUCCAGAUGGUGGUGUGGAUGCUGCAGCGCCGCCUGCUCAUCCAGCUGCACACAUACAUCUGCCUCAUGGUGCCGCCCGCAGAGGACGAGCCUGUUUACAGGGACGACGAGCUGCCGCCGGCCGCCCGGGUCGCGGGCGGGAACGGGCGCGGUCUGAGCACCCCGAGCGUCCUCAGCUUCGGAUCCCCAACCAGCAGCGACGACAUGACCCUGACCAGCCCCAGCAUGGACAACUCCAGCGCAGAGCUGGCCCCCGGCGGAGACGACUCCCCCCUCAACAAAAGGAUCUUGUUGACCGAGACCCUGCUGGCCAGCCUGUCGGACCACGAGAGACAGUUCGUCCUCAACGUCCCUGCCGCGCAGAACCCGGAGGACCUCCGGAUGUUUGCCAGGUUGCUGCACUACUUCCGGGGCCACCACCACUUGGAGGAGAUCAUGUACAACGAGAACAUGCGGCGCUCUCAACUCAAGACGCUCUUGGACAAGUUCCGCUGCGUGCUGGUGGUGACCAAUCAUGAAGAUCCCAUCAUUUCCAUCUUUCAGUCUCCCACAGAGUAGAAGUACUAUCAGCACCAGUCAGAUGCCGUGUGGCUGGGAACUGAUGUUUCAAGAGAGAAAAAUGCUAGAUUUAUGUUCAUUUAUAACAUGGAGAAAGUUUAUUUUUGAUCAUUUAUGAGUCCAUUUUAGAAUAAUAAAUUAUUUUGUACAUAGUAGAGAGAGGCCUUGAGUGUUCCGAUAAAUGAUGGGGGUGACAGAUGUCUUUGGAUUGCGGAGGGGGCACACGCUGAGUAAUGAGCUUUCCAGACGUCCUCCCCUCACGGAUCCCGGAGGUGGGAAGAUGACUGAGGACAUCAGACGGGCUGUUUUUGCACUUUGAACGGGAGGCGAGGGUGUUCCAAACAUCUGCGGAUUCAAUGAGAGCCCGAGUCACUCACCACCACCAAAACACGGAUAUUUAUUUAAAAAAGAGACAACCUCAGCCGAAGGCAUGGGUUUCACUUAAAUGUUUUUUUUUUUUGUGUGUGUGCGCGCGAGAACGAAAGUAAAAGUUAAAGAACAAAAUAUGGAGUCGCUACCCCAGAUUUCACUAUUUUGAGAACUGAUGCCAGACCGAAGAGAACCAAAAAUCUCCUUUUCGUUUGAUGGGGUUCUUCUGCUGCCUUCACUUACAAAUUAUUCCCAUGACUUUACAAUUGCCCAAAAUGUCAUUCUGCGCCCGAUGACUUGGAAGCUAGGCCGGAUGAAGAUCUGGAGGCACUAACAAGCAAAAAUGUACAAGGUAAGCAGUGCUGCAUUGUACAAGCACAAUUAUACAUAUACAAGUGUGCUAUGUAUAAUUUUAUUUAAUUUUUGUGAAUUAAAUUUUAAUUGAAUCAUU